AUCUCUAGGAUAAUAACUACUGUAAUCUGCAGAGACCCCUCAGAAGGUUCACAGGUUGGACCGUUACAAGGAAAUAAUCCGAAGUCUUCCUCGAGUCAACAGGACGACUCUGACUGCUCUCAUGGGUCACCUGUUCAGGGUGCAGAAAUGUGCAGACCUGAACCAGAUGUGCACCAAGAACCUGUCGCUGCUCUUCGCUCCCAGUCUCUUCCAGACGGACGGCAAAGGAGAACAUGAGGUGAAGAUCGUUGAGGAUCUGAUCGACAACUACCUGUACGUCUUCGAUAUCGAUGAGGAGCAUCAGACUCAGAUCGAGCUGGAAAUCAGCCUCAUCACCACAUGGAAGGACACGCAGUUGUCUCAGGCUGGAGAUCUGAUCAUCGAAGUUUAUCUGGAAAUGAAGAUUCCAGAUAGUUGCAUCACACUGAAGGUGUCCCCCACCAUGUGUGCUGAAGAACUGACCAAUCAGGUUCUUUACAUGAGGAACGUCCCUGCUGGAGACAAAGACAUCUGGAUGACGUUUGAGGCCAUUGAAGAUGGACAGCUGGAGCGUCCUUUACAUCCUAAAGAGAAGGUCCUGGAGCAGGCUCUGCAGUGGUGUAAAAUGGCUGACCCAAGCUCCGCCUACCUGGUGGUGAAGAGAGUUCCUAUUGGAGAAGGAAUCAACAUUCUCACCUCCUAUAAGAGUGACAUCAUGAAAGUGGGCGUGGUCUGGUGUAGGGAGGAGCCUCAGAAGUUUCUUCAGGGAAACAAGUUCCAGGAGAGAACGUUCCAGAUCAAAGAGCAGAAACUGCUGCUGCUCAAAGACAAGAAGAGCAUCAAACCAGAGAAGGAGUGGUCUCUGAAGACCAUGAAGGUCUACAUCGGCAUCCGCAAGAAACUGAAAGCUCCAACCAGGUGGGGCCUCACUGUGAUGUCAGACAAACACCAGCUGUUCCUGUGCUGCAGCUGUGAGGGCGACCUGUGGGACUGGACCACCUGCUUCCUCAAAGCUCAGAACGAUGGGCCCGGUCCUCCGGUUCUGCGACGCCACUCAUCGUCCGACAUUUCCAAACAGAAGUUCGGGACGAUGCCGCUCGUCCCGAUCAGAGGAGACAAGAGAGAGAGUAACAGUACCAUGCUGUCGGCCAAUCAGACGCUGAGGAAGUUACACAACAGACGGACGCUGUCCAUGUACUUUCCCAUGAAGGUUCAGCAGGACUCGUUGGAUGAGCGUCCAGUCCUCCCUGACCUCCCUGACCUCCCUGACCUCCCUGAGCCGCUCUACGAGGAGGUCGGGGACUUCGGGCUUCAGGUUCUGAAGUCUCUGGAGACCAGCUUUCUGUCCAGCAGCGCCACAGAGACUCACGAGGUUCCAGAUCACCCGCCGCUCAGACUUGUACCUGUGGAGGCGGGACUUGUAGAUCACGUGAUCAUCCCCGACCCAGAAGGCGGCUCAGUGAAGACACUGGAGAGAGAAGCCGGCCGCAGUUCCCCAACGGCCAGAAGGGGGCAGCAGCUGCAGGGAGGCUGCACUCUGUCUCAGGAACUGCUGCUGCAGGAGCUGUCAUCAGCUUUCACCAAGAAGACACCGGACGAGGACGGGGACGAGGACGGGGACGAGGACGGGGACGAGGACGGGGACGAGAGGCCGUGUGAUGUCUAAGAGAGGAAGAGUUUGUAGUCACAGGAGGAGGAGUUAAACAUCCUACAGGGCUUUGUGAUUGGAGGAAGGAUGAGGACACGCCCCUGAGUCAGGACAGUCAUCAAUCAGGAAGUGAAAAGAUAACACAGAGAUGCAGGAUUAAACCCUGGAACAUGGAUUUUAAAUUUGAGGAUUAAACCCUGGAACAUGGAUUUUUAAAUUCAUGACUAAACCCUGGAACAUGGAUUUUAAAUUUGAGGAUUAAACCCUGGAACAUGGAUUCUAAACUUCAUGGAGACCUCAUCACUUCCAAAAUGAUAGUAUAUUGGUUAUCCUCUGUGCUCCUCCUCUUGGCCCCGCCCAGUCUGAGGCCCCGCCGGACACACAUGUAUUUAUUUUCAAGUUUGUUUGUGUAAAUGACAGGAAGUGACGCUCAGUGUCCUCACUGAGACCAGUUAAAAUAUAAACCUGUUAUGUUGCAUCUGUCCACUAGGUGUCCCUCAACACACACACUAACUGUGACGAUUCUUCAUGUUCAUUAUUGUAUAAACACGUGAACAAUGAUAUUAAAGUCUAUAUUUUGGAUUGUAA